GUCACGUUUAUUUAGAAAAGAAGCGCCCAGACCAAAAUGGAGCAGGGACGCCGACACUCGGCGGCGAGACAUCGCUAACCUCUUCAUUCACGCAAGUUUCGAACAUACCCGUUGGUGCUACCAUGUCGUUACUAAAGCCAUUUAGUAAACUGCCUGCCUUGAAAACUGCGAGCAUAUUGCUGGUGGAAAGAGAAGAAGAGUUUCAUCACAGAUUAGCUGACGCUCUCGUGAAGGAGACGGCGGUCACAUUGAGCGUGAGACUAGCGAGGAGUCUGCCCUUCGAACACAAGCCCAGUCGCCCCAGAAUAGACCUGGUGGUCUUUAUCGUCAACCUCACCUCAGAGCUCAGUCUACAUUCUGCGGAAGAUUCCCUCAAGUAUUUGGACCCUGGAUAUUUCCUCGGAAAAGUCUGCUUCAUGGUCACCAACGCUCGUAACGCCGCCGUCCCCGCAGAGCGCCUGGAUGCUGUCAGGAAGCUGGCCGCAUCGCACUGCUGCACGCUGCUCUUUGCUGAGGAUAAGACAGCAGAUGGUGCGCCCAACGCUGCGGAGAGGCUGCUGAGUAUUCUGAAGGUGGCGGCAGGCCUGGUUCCCAUGACAACGGCUCUCUAUCUGUCACACCUAAAUGUGUGCACCAUGCCCUCAGACGUGGACGAGAUGGGCUUCGAUUAGCAGCGUGCUCUUUUUACGUUUUCAAUUCUUUUACCACACGUUUGUGUAGUCUUUCAUGUUUUUCGGACCUCGUCUUCUCCUUUUUGAGAACAUAGUUGUUUGGAGUCAUAAAUAUGACUAAAACCUUU